AUGGUCCAUGUUCAUAAUCACAACCAUGGGCCCAGCCUGGAGGGACGAAGUCCCGACCAUGGCGAUAACGGACAAGAAGUCACCAUAGUUUAUGUGACUGCUUCCGCAGACUUUGACGGUCCUAUAGGUGGUUAUGUGACAGGUGAAGACCCAAAGACCAAGACCGCAGCUCCUACAGCCGGCGUUGGUCCUGCGGUUCAACAAAGUCGCACAUCGACUAAGGAGGAACCAACUACGACUAAGGAACCAACGAAGAAAACUACGGCAGUGGAGACGAAGCCAACAGCCACCACCAAGAUCGAGACGACUGAGACCACUAAGGAACAGCCGACUAGGACGAAAGAGACUACCAAGGCAACUGAGAAAGAGACUUCCACGACCGAUCAGAAGAACACCCCCACCGCAAUGACUACCUUCUCAACAGCUACCUCCUCUACUUCCUCCUUGUCCAAUACUGGCUUAGAAGAGGCUGCUGCCACGCACGCGUCGUCUUCGGGUACAUCAGCUGCGUCGUCUACCGCUCUUCCUGGAGCGUCUGGGUCUGAAGGCCUCACAGGAGGUGCGAAAGCCGGUAUUGCGAUAGGUGUAAUUCUGGGAGUUGGCCUGAUCGCGGCUCUCAUUUUCUUGUUCAUGCGUAAAAAGAAGCAGGGCCAGAAAAUUGACGAAAUAGAGCCCGAAAAUGAGAAGGCAUUUGCUGCCAGCAGUGUAGCACCUCCCCCGCCUCCGCCAAAAUUCGAGCCGAUGACUCCUACCAAUCCACCACAGCUCAACGUUCGACCGGUGACCCAGUUUGCACCCGAUCUCACGCCCUCUGCCACAGGCGCUCUCUCUGCGGCUGGUGCAGGCGCAACACUUGGAGCAACCGCCGCUGCAUCGCGUAACCUCACUGAACACGCCUCACCACCCAACACUGCGCAGUCGAAUGCGGGCACCUCAAAUCCUUUUACUGACCCGGUGAAUCCCUUCAGUAACCAGGCGGAGGCACCAUCCCCCAGUGACGUGGCUAGGCCAAUUACCCCUCCAACUGCCCCUCAGACCACGGCGCCUCCAAAUCCGGUUCCUGCUGAAGCUGCUGUGGCAACGGCUGCUGCCGGUGCGGCGGUGGCUGCAGUGGCUGUCAGUGCUGCAGUUGCUUCCUCCAAGUCUACCGAGAAUGAUCAUCCUACUCAACCUGAAAGCUCCGAGCCCAAGACUGAUUCUCAACCUGAACGUGCGGAGACAAGCCCUGUCAAUGCUCCAGAUGGCAGUGAGGUAUCUGCUCCUAGUCCUGCUGUUGUCACUGCAAUUCCUGCGUUUGGCCCUUCUGAACAUGGUCCACCUCCCCCUCCGGCUCCUACCAAUGUGCAUCGCGUACAGAUGGACUUCAAUCCUUCCAUGGAAGAUGAAUUGGAGCUCCAUAAUGGAUCAUUCGCAGCAAGGAGUGGUCCCUCGUUCAUGUCUCUCUUCGCGCCUGUGAAGCCUCGAGCUCGUCCACCUCCAGGGGCCGGCCCCGGUCCCCGUGGUCCACCAAUGAUGGGACCCAAUGGCCCUAUGCCUCCUGGUGCCAUGCCCAAUCCUCGUUUCUACCCUCAAGGUGGACGCCCAAUGUCUCCUGCUCGACCGAUGUCGCCAGCACGCCCCAUGUCUCCGGCUCAUCCUGGCUAUGCUGGGCCUCCAGCACCACGUCCUCACCCACAGCGCCCAAUGUCCCCUGCUCAAUUUCCCCCUGCUCCCCGAUCAUUCUCGCCAGGCCCAGGGCCUCGUCCAAUGCCACCUCGCUCGAUGAGCCCAGGUCCUUAUGGUCCCCCAGGCAUGCAACGACCGGAGAUGCCUGUCAACCAGCGGCAACGAAGCAACAGUGCUGGUGGGCCAGUUCCACGCACUGCCGGCUCACCAGGACCUAGUCCCUUGGCUGCUCCUAGAACCCCACCCCCAUCAGGUGCGCUGCCAGCAAUCCCCAACCUGGUCCCAGCUCCUGCUCCGGCCCCGGUUGAAGCUCCAGCCCCGGGAAGUAACAUGCCACCCCAGUGA